UCGAUAGUUUCGACCUCUUCCUUCACUCAAUUCCGAAUAAACUAAACAUCAUCAUUCAUUGCUUCGCUUGAUAUUUAUCUUCUCUCCGAGCACCACGACUUCCCACAGCUCUCAUUCUCUGUGUCUCUCGAGCUCUCGUUGUCUCGUCUUGGAUCAUCGAUCGAUGGUAAUCGUGAAUCCGCCUGUUGGAGCGACGGUCUCCUCGGUGGAGAUCCCUUUGCGCCGGGAAAUUCGAGUUCCGAUGAGAGCUGGUCGUCGGAAACUAGGGUUUCAACCGAAGUGUGCUCAGGAACGGAGCAUGGGGAGAGAUAAGGUGUUUCCUGAUGGAUGGAUGGGUUUUCUUGAGGAGCGGGUGAGGAAAUGGUUGAGGAUGGGUGAGGAGCCGGUGAGGGGGGGUUUGGAGCCGGAGAUGGCUCCGGAUCACCUUGUUGUCAUGGUUCAUGGACUUGUUGGAAGUGCAGAAGAUUGGAAAUUUGCUGCUGAACAAUUUGCGAGAAGGCUUCCGCAUAACGUUAUUGUUCAUUUGGCUUAUUUCUCACGGAACUCAAUUAGCCAUGGUAGUGAAUGCAAUGCUACACUAUUGACAUUUGAUGGUGUAGAUCUGAUGGGUGAAAGGCUAGCUGAAGAGGUGCAAUCUAUUUUGAACCGUCAAAGUGGCAUCAGAAAAAUCUCAUUUGUGGCUCACUCAUUGGGUGGCUUGAUAGCAAGAUAUGCGAUUGGAAGGCUUUACAGUCCUAUCAUCAAGGAGUCUGCUCAUGUCAAUGGGACCCCUUCAUGUAAAGACAAUGUUCUCAACAGUGGUAUUGCCGGACUAGUGCCUAUGAACUUUAUAACCUUUGCCUCACCACAUCUAGGUUCAGGGGGGCAUAACCAGCUUCCUUUCCUUUGUGGCCUUCCCUUUUUGGAGCGGAGUGCAUCUGAAGCUGCACAUCUGAUAGUUGGUAGGACAGGAAAGCAUCUUUUCUUGACAGAUAGUGACGAUGGAAAGCCUCCACUUCUCAUCCGAAUGGCUGGUGAUGAUGAUAUUAAGUUCAGGUCAGCAUUAAAGUCUUUUAAACGACGUGUUGCCUAUGCGAAUGCAAAUUUUGAUCAUAUGGUUGGAUGGAGAACAUCAUCAAUUCGCCGCCAACAUGAGUUACCAAAAUACCACCUUCUUGUUGCGGAUGAGAACUAUCCCCAUAUUGUAUAUGUUGACAAGGGAAAUGCUCAAAGUAGUUGUGGAGAUCCAAUUUCUGAUCUUGAAGUUCACAAAUCUGAUCUGGAAGAGGAUAUGAUUAGAGGUCUCACACAAUUAAAUUGGGAGCGUGUGGAUGUAAGCUUUCAGAAUAGUAAACAAAGAUACAUUGCGCAUAACACCAUCCAGGUGAAGAGCUAUUGGUUGAACUCAGAUGGUGCUGAUGUGGUAUCCCAUAUGAUAGAUAAUUUUCUUAUCUAGUUCGUCUGCAAAUCCUUUGGCUCACAUGUUGAUUGGAAGGCUAGAGAGGCUCAAUUGCAUGUGUAGUUUGUACACUAGAGCGUGCACAUUUUUGUUGAUGAGUGAAUUGUAUAUACAUUAUAUUUCAUAUCCUGAUUACUAUUUUGAUGUAGAUGCUGAUUUUAUUUGGUAAAGUUUUGUAUCACAUAUUGGACAGUAAUCAGUAUCUGUCAUUCACCAUCAAUCCCUCGUGAGAAUCAGCUGUCAAUAUUUGUUCAACUGUUCUCUACCGUCUCCUUUUUAACUUAUGAUGUAAUGGGCAUUAUUAUUAUUAUUUCUUUU